AUGAAACAUGAAAGAAACAAUGAACGUAAACUAUUUGAUUCAACGAAGGUAGCGAAAAUUUUUAAAGGUUUCCCAAAGAAUUUCUUUUUCGGAAACAAAGAGAAGAAACCUAAAAACAUAAAACGCGUACCGAAAUUGAUAUUGCUUCAGAACCCUAUUAAAUGGUUGAUGAUCAAAAUAGAUUUCAGUGUAUUAAGAAACGUGUGGGAUCCAACGUUUGAAGAAAAAGAUUUCAAAUACGGAACUAAACAGGCAAUAUCACGGGUUACACAAGUUAUAAGCGAUGGUCAGUUCUCAGAAUUGAACGGUUUGCUUACGAAAGCAGCUCGAUUAAGUUUAUUGCGUGAAUUGGAUCGAAACUGGAGUAACAAGCAACGUUCGUUACUGGCACUUAAACAUGAAGACAUUCAAAUAUCGUCACCGCGAAAGGUCUAUUUUAUUAGGAUAGCUGAUAAAAAGUACUGUGACGUAGAUAUGGCAUUCUUGGCCCUGAAGUGGGUGCCAAUCAAUAGUGUUAACGUUUUGUUGUUCACUGAAAUAUUCGCUAGAUUUCAUCGCGAAUACACACCAAACUGCAUACCAGAGUGGACUAUUGCUUAUUUUAAGGUGACCCGAUUUGAAGUUUUAAAGCGUUAA